AUGUCAAGAAGAGCGAAAAACGACCUCAUCGUCCGUGUCCGCUACCAAAACCCGCUCCCUGAGCCGCCUUGUCCUCCGAAACUGCUCAACAUCCCCACCACACCCGCACGUUAUGCUCAGCCCAGCUUCACAGAUACUUUGUUUGACGCCAGGCCAUUCCCGAUGGUCAUAGAUUCGGAGUUUGGGAUGCCUUUGGACUUGAGCAAGUUCCCGUUGCUGUGGAGAGAAGAAGAGGAAGAUCCGCAAUUAAAUCCCACGCAAGAAGCUGUUUUGGACGAACGCGACAGGUUUCUGUUGGAGCACAUAUCCGCCAACACCUCAGGCACACUCAGCGCGCUACCGAACGUGCCUUGGUUGCGUCAAACCACGUACAUAUCACGCGAGUCCGUGAACCGCACCUCCUCAUCCAACGCAGUCGCCAACGCAGCCCGAGAAGGAGCAGCCCAGCAACCUGUGGACGUGAGCCGUGAUCGUCAACUGAGGCUGGUAGAGGAGAGCUUUGCAGCUGUCACUGCAAAUGCAGACCUGGGAACGUUGAAGCACCCAAACAAGCCUGGUGUGACGGCUGUGGAAGUACUGGAUAUAUUACCGGACGAGAUGACAUGGCCGACAAAGUUGGACGUAUACCGAUUCUCAGAGCGGCCAGGAGAUAGGGAUAUCGAGCAACCCGACCCGCGUCUCGACUCUGCUAUCAUACGACCGAUGAAAGUCGAAGACGAAGACACAUGGUUGGCAUACUAUCUGCUAGCGGACGACGCCGCCGUUGCAGCAUACAAGUCCAGGCUUGCUGCGUUGCCGGAAGGGGCGUCAGAGGAAGAAAUGAGCGAAUUCCGUUUCGUUAGGGACUACGAGACGAUGAAGGUGAUGGAGGAAUGUGUCAGCGACUGGCUGAUGGUGCUGGACGAUGGGACCGAGACUGGUAGGAAACCGGGAGCAUACUACAAAAAUAUUGAGAGGCGGAUGUGGUUGCGAAAACGGCGCGUGCGAAGAAACGACAACAACAACCAGGCUUCGCGUUGGGACGCGAUCCAGUUACGCCACGCACCGAUGCAGGAGGCUGAGUUGGCCGACUUUAGAGAGGCUCAAGCAGAGGUGCAAGACCCGGAGUUCUGGACACGAAAGGCGCUCGAGGCUGAGAUUGAUGCGGAGGGAGAGGUAGAUGUAGAUGCGGAGGGAGAGGUGGAGAUGGAGGACGGGGAAGCCGAGCAUGAGGUUGAGGGCAGGGGAACUCCAAUGCCGACCGACGCCCAUCCUGAGCCCAAUGGGGAGAUAUAGGUUUCUGUGUGGGGUUGAUGCGCGAUCUGUAUUCUGAGGUGCAUGUUUGUAUUGUUUAGUGUUGCACCUGGGCGUUUUGAU